UCUCUCUCGUUUUCGCUGCCUUCUUUCUUGAAGUACUGCAGAGGCACAACUGCAACGUUAAAAAAAACCCUCCCCGGCAGUUUCUACCUCAAUCCCUUUCAUUCAGCUGUGGGAUACCAGCAAAUAUCUGCAUACAGCUAGUUUUGUGCUAUGGGUACUCAAUCCUAACAUCCACUCUACCUCUUUUCUUCAGCGACGGAUGAUCACCGCCAUUGAAGCUGACAGUCUUAUGCGGUGAUCUGCGCCCACUGCGAAACUCCCACAAUCCCACUGGUAACUCCCGCUCUGGUCGCCCGCCCCGGACGAGAUGGAUGACACAUACCAGGACAGGACUUCUUUAGCGAAGGGGGCCAAGGACAUCGCCAAGGAGGCCAAGCGGCACGCGGCGAAGAAGGUGAACAAGGUGGUGGACCGGGCCGCGGACGAGUACACCCAGCGGUCCUACAGCCGCUUCCAGGACGAGGAGGAGGACGACGACUACAACUACCGGCAGGACGGCGACUACGCGGGGGGCGCCAACGACGACGAGGGCUCCAGCGACGCCACGGAGGGCCACGACGACGAGGACGAGAUCUACGAGGGGGAGUACCAGGGCAUCCCCGGCGACGGGCACCCGAAGGGCGGCCAGGUGGCGGCGGGGCAGCCCGUCUCGGACGGUCUGAAGGACCGGCGCGAGCUGGAGACGGAGCGGCAGGCCGACGAGGAGGAGCUGGCGCAGCAGUACGAGCUGAUCAUCCAGGAGUGCGGGCACGGACGCUUCCAGUGGCAGCUCUUCUUCGUCCUGGGCCUGGCGCUCAUGUCCGACGGCGUGGAGGUCUUCGUGGUGGGCUUCGUGCUGCCCAGCGCCGAGACGGACAUGUGCGUGCCCGACUCCCGCUCCGGCUGGCUAGGUAGCAUGGUGUACCUGGGAAUGAUGGUGGGCGCAUUCUUCUGGGGGGGCAUGUCGGACAAGGUGGGCCGGCGGCAGUGCCUGCUGAUCAGCAUGUCGCUCAACGGCUUCUUCGCCUUCCUCUCGUCCUUCGUGCAGGGCUACGGCUUCUUCCUGCUGUGCCGCCUGAUUGCCGGAUUCGGGAUCGGAGGAGCCGUGCCCAUCGUGUUCUCCUUCUUUGCGGAGACGCUGGCGAGGGAGAAGAGGGGGGAGCACCUGAGCUGGCUCUGCAUGUUCUGGAUGAUCGGCGGCAUCUACGCCUCCGCGAUGGCCUGGGCCAUCAUCCCGCACUACGGGUGGAGUUUCAGCAUGGGGUCGGCGUACCAGUUCCACAGCUGGAGGGUGUUCGUGGUGGUCUGCGCCCUGCCCUGCGUCUGCGCGGUGGUGGCGCUCACCUUCAUACCCGAGAGUCCCCGCUUCUACCUCGAGGUGGGGAAGCACGACGAGGCCUGGAUGAUCCUCAAGCAGAUCCACGACACCAACAUGCGGGCGCGUGGGCAGCCAGAGAAAGUGUUCACCGUGAACAGAAUCAAGAUCCCGAAGCAAAUAGACGAGCUGGUGGAGAUGCAGUCAGAGACGGGCAACCCCGUCUCGAAAGUGCUCUUCCGAGUGAAGGCCGAACUUCACGGGAUUUGGUUGACCUUUCUGAAAUGCUUCAACUACCCAGUGAAAGACAACACUAUUAAACUUGCCAUUGUAUGGUUUACACUGUCCUUUGGGUUCUACGGCCUGUCCGUCUGGUUCCCCGAUGUUAUCAAGCACCUGCAGGCGGACGAGUACGCCUCCAAAGUCAAGACCCACGCCAACGAGCGAAUCGAGGACUUCACCUUCAACUUCACCCUGGAGAACCAGAUCCACACCAACGGGGUGUUCAUCAAUGACAGGUUCGUCAGCAUGAAGUUCAAGUCGGUCACCUUCAUCGACUCCACCUUUCAGAACUGCUACUUUGAUGACGUGACGUCUGUGGGUUCCUAUUUCAGGAACUGUACAUUCAUCGAAGCUUUUUUCUACAACACGGAUAUUGACGACUCCAAGCUAAGGAACUCAGAGGUGAUAAACAGCACCUUUCACCACAACAAGACCGGCUGCCAGAUGACGUUCGACGAUGACUACAGUGCCUACUGGGUCUAUUUUGUCAACUUCCUGGGAACGCUGGCGGUAUUGCCGGGGAAUAUUGUGUCUGCACUUCUCAUGGACAAAAUAGGACGCCUGUCAAUGUUAGGCGGGUCCAUGAUCCUGUCAGGGAUCAGCUGUUUCUUCCUGUGGUUCGGGACCAGCGAGGCCAUGAUGAUCGGCAUGCUGUGCCUGUAUAACGGCCUGAGUAUCUCCGCCUGGAACUCCCUGGAUGUGGUCACUGUGGAGCUCUACCCUACAGACAGGAGGGGCACAGGGUUCGGGUUCUGCAACGCCCUCUGCAAGCUGGCAGCCGUGCUGGGGAACAUGAUUUUCGGGUCGCUGGUGGGCAUCACCAAAGCCAUCCCCAUCCUCCUGGCGUCCUCCGUGCUGGUGUGCGGGGGCCUGGUGGGGCUACGGCUACCGGACACCAGGAACAACGUCCUCAUGUAACGCCUCGCUUCAGCCCCGCCCGGGUGUGGCAGCGGUGCAGAAGGCUUAGAACCACAGAGAUAUUUCUGUAUUUCACAGCUUAGACCACAGAGAUAUCCCUGUAUUUCACUGCUUAAACCACAGAGACCGUUCCUGUAUUUCAUAGUUUAGACCACAGAUAUAUUCCUGUAUUUCACAUCUUAGACCACAGAGAUAUUCUUGUAUUUCACAUCGUAGACUACAGAGAUAUUCUUGUAUUUCCCAGCAUAGGCCACAGAGAUAUUCCUGUAUUUCCCAGCUUAGACCACAGAUAUUCCUGUAUUUCCCAGUUUAGACCACAGAGAUAUUCCUGUAUUUCACAGCAUAGACCAGAGAGAUAUUCUCUGCUCUGUGAAUCAAAGAUGGCGCACCACAGUUUCUAUGAUCAGUUACAUAAACCCAUCACAACUUUACGUUUCAAUGUAUGUUUUGUGGCUUCGUCAUAACAUUUUAGAGCUCAAUGGAUCUAUGGGGUUGAAUGUUCUCUAUCUUAUUUUUAUGAUUUCACACAUGUCACCAACUGGCUCAACAGAAUAUUUAAAGAACAACUAUAGCAAUUCUCUUUUUUAUUUUAGAUUUGCAUAUAAGUAACCGAUCCACAUUAUUAUCAUUUUCUUGGAACAAUUAUAGUAGACAUAGGAAAUGAACCCCAGGAAAAGCUGUCGGUUGGAUGUGCUGGGCACACGCUAAGUAGAUGACCUUUGCGAGAGGUCAGUUAAUUAAAGGUCAGGUCAUUCGGCAAAAAGCUUUAAAUGGUUUUAUUUUAUUCAGAAACGGACUGUAAGUGGAAUAAUGGCUUGGUUGCUGAUGUGAUUAUUCAUGCGCUGCUAUUAGGAUGGAUGUGUGUGAAAAACAAGUGUAAAUGAGAAGUCACAUCCCCUUAGAGAUGUGACAGCAUAGCCUGCUCUUCAGUGAAGUGGAAUUAUGAAUCAUAAAGAUGUACUAUUGUACAAAGUACAAAGAUGUACUAAUGUAAAACUCAACCAUCACUAUGACUACUGAUUAAAGGACAAUGAUGAUAUAAGGCUGCUCAAGUAUCAGAAGAGAGAAUGGCAGUGUUGAAGUUCCUGACUUUCCCUUUUAAAUAUCAAAAAAAUCUCACUGGUUUUUCACUGGAGAUGUAAUUACUGUGUUUGUUGUUAAAAACGGACAUUAGCAUUCAUUAGGAGCAUUAGUUAAUUUGCAGCCGGGUGGAGUGAUUUUGUGAUUUAGUGAAUUUGUGAUUUUGACGAUGUAUCUGCAACCGUGCCUUCAGGCGUUUUGUGAUUUCUGAUCAUCUUUGACCCCAUAGAUUCUGUGCUGUGGAUUUCUAAGCCUUUUGCACCAGUUUUUAAUCCAAGAAUAAAAAGGCCAUAGAAAAAGAAUUGUAACUACUAUCAUUUUACACGUAAAGCAUACAUUCAGUGUAGUAUAUACACCUGCAUUAAGUUGCAGAUUUCAUUAUUGGCAAUUUAAAAAAAAAAAACUGUUUACAUUUUCUGCUUUGUUGGGCUG